UCACUAUUAUUUUCCUCCUCUCACCCACAGCUUUUCCCAUCAACACAAUGGCGGAUGAAACAGCCCCAUCAACCACAGCCCCAUCAACCACCCAAUCAACCACAGCCCCAUCAACCACAACCCCAUCAACCUCCCCAUCAACCACAACCCCAUCAACCUCCCCAUCAACCACAGCCCCAUCAACUACCCCAUCAACCACAGCUCCAUCAACCACAGCCCCAUCAACCACAGCCCCAUCAAUGACUCCAUCAAGCACGCCACUAGCCACAGCCACAGCAGGCCUAUCAGAGGAGGUUUCAAGUAACACACAGGAAGAGGACAAGGCAAAGAGAGAGACAGACAAGAGGGAGCCAAAGAACGAAGAGACCCAGCGGCUCCAAAGAUCAGAGAAGACUGUGGAUGGUGCUAAAAGGAGAGGAUAUCCCAAAAAGAAGCCACACGGUGCAGGAGUGAAACGUGAAGCUACUCCGUCAGUCUCAGUGACGGAUAAGCUUUCUCUGGAGGCCACGUUCCAAUUCCACGUCAAGAACUUCAGCAAGGUGAACAUGCCGCUGUGGUCAGCGCCGUGCUGGCUGCAUGGCAUGCCCUGGAUGAUCAGAGCUGGCCCAAUGACCGUGCCAUCCAAUGAAAAUGAAAAUAAAGAAAAAAAAUUUCUUUCCGUUGGGUUGCGGUGCGGGGGCGUUUGGGGCGCAGCCUUCUGGGCCUGCUAUGGCUUAGUUGACCUCUGCCUCCUGCCCGUCAACAGGAAGCAGGCUCCGCACGUCGUGGAAACAGAUUGUUUGUUCAACAAGGAUAUCAGCUUCGUGAUAGUAAACCAGUUCAUGCUUUGGGAGAAUGUUCUGAACCCUCACCACGGGUACAUUGAGGACGACGCGGUCACCUUUAAGGUACGGCUCAGGACAGCCCCGCCCUAUGUCAUCAACUGGAGCAGUGACAGACUGGUGAGGGCGCCAACGCAGACCCUCACUGUGCUUCCCCCGCGUGUCACCAGCGGCAGGAAGGACGAGGACCGUAACAGUGACGUUGAUGAGAAUGACAGUGACGACAACAAUGAUGAUGAGGUCUACGAUGAUGACGACAGCGAUGACGAGGACAUGAACAAGGAUGAAGGCUUGUAUGCCCAGAAAAAUUUACACAUGUAUAUAUAAGAAAGGAGAAUUAUGGAGGAAUUGACACUGUAAGUUGUGGAUUUGUAAAUAUGACCAAUGGGAAAAUCAGCAAGUUUUCUCAAUAAGGUGAACACAAGAGAGAGAGAGAGAGAGAGAGAGAGAGAGAGAGAGAGAGAGAGAGAGAGAGAGAGAGAGAGAGAGAGAGAGAGAGAGAGAGAGAGAGAGAGAGAGAGAG